UAAAUAUAAGCAACAAGCUACAACUUCUGGGCCACAUCGUCCAUCUAUGCUCUCGAUCGGACUCCAAAAAUAGGAGUUAAAUUAAAAUUAGGUAAAAUCAAACCACAAUCUCAUACACAAACGAAAGAAUGAGAGGCACUAUUUUAACACGAGCCAUUUUUUUGGUAUCCAUUUUUCUCCACAUCAGCAUUAAUGCCAGAAUUCUAUCAACCACCUCUAGGUGGAUCGUUGACCAGUUCACCGGAGAACGAGUAAAACUCGCGUGCGUCAACUUGAUUUCGCACCUUGAGCCGAUGAUAGUCGAAGGGCUCGAAAAGAAGCCCUUAUAUGACAUAGCCGGGCAAAUAGUCGCAGACGGGUUCACGUGCGUGCGGUUCACGUGGCCCACGUUCAUGUUCACCCGGCCCGAUUAUUACGACCUCACGGUCUCCCAAUCCUUGGAUAAGUACAACCUUAGCGAUGCAAAAGCCGGCAUUUGGAAAAACAAUCCUUGGAGUUUGGGGCUAAAAAUUCAAAUCCUUCAUAAGGUUGUGGUGAGAGUGCUUGGACAGUACAACCUAAUGGUUGUACUCGACAAUCAUAUAAGCCGACCCGGAUGGUGUUGCAGGAUUAACGACAAUAACGGGUUUUUUGGAGAUCCGGACUUUGAGCCGGACGAGUGGAUGCAGGGCCUGGCUGCGGUGGCAAGGACUUACAAACAUACAUAUGGGGUGGUGGGUAUGAGCAUGAGAAAUGAGCUACGAGGUAUACAUGAAAAUGAGGAUGAUUGGUAUAAAUACAUGCAACAAGGAGCUAUGACCAUCCACCAAAAAGCCCCUCAAUUUCUUGUUAUAAUCUCAGGCCUAACUUUUGCCACUAAUCUUAGCUUUCUAAAGGAAAAAUCAUUACAACUAAAUUUUAGUAAUAAAACUGUAUUUGAGGCCCAUUGGUAUACAUUUAUUUUCCCCACUGAGUUGUGGACAGCCCAAACUAACAAAUUUUGUGCCAAUGUGACUCAAUCAUCAAGGGACAAUUUCCUUUUCCUGACAACUGGAAGUAACCCUUACCCUCUUUUUCUAAGUGAAUUUGGUUUGGACCAAAGGGGUCAAAAUGAGGGACAAAACAGGUAUAUAACCUGCUUGCUAGCUGAGGUGGCAGAGAAAGACAUUGAUUGGGCAUUAUGGACAUUUCAAGGCAGCUACAUAUAUAAACAAGGGAAAGUUAAUCCAGAAGAAUUUUAUGGAGUUGAGAACUACAACUGGGAUGGUCCUAGAAAUCCUGAUUUCUUGGACAGAUUGCAAGUCAUAAGACAGAAGAAUCAAGAUGUGAGAUCUUGGUGUCCAACCUACUACAUAAUGUUCCAUCCACAAAGUGGGCAAUGUGUGCAAAUUGACGAGGGCAAUAAUAGCGCCUUUCUAGCCAACUGCAAGAAUGCGAGCCAGUGGGCUCACCACCAAGACGGUGGCCCGAUCAAGUUGGCUCGAACAUCAUGGUGCCUCAAGAUGGCAAGAGAUGGUGAGACCGUUCGUGUUUCGUACAAUUGCUCAAGCAAGUGGAAGGUUGUAUCGAGCAUUGGUCUUCAUUUAGCUACUCGAGUCAAACAUGGAAAAUAUAUGUGUUUGGAGAAAAAUAUUUCGAACUCCGCCAUAGUGACUAAGGAGUGUCUUUGUGUUGACAACAAUCUUAAUGAUCUUCCAACUUGUCCAGACAAUCCACAAGUACAAUGGUUCAAAAUUAAUGCCAGAAUUCUAUCAACCAGCUCUAGGUGGAUCGUUGACCAGUUCACCGGAGAACGAGUAAAACUCGCGUGCGUCAACUGGAUUUCGCACCUCGAGCCGAUGAUAGCCGAAGGGCUCGAAAAGAAGCCCUUAUACGAGAUAGCCGGGCAAAUAGCCGCAGUCGGGUUCACGUGCGUGCGGUUCACGUGGCCCACGUUCAUGUUCACACGUCCCGAUUAUUACGACCUCACGGUCUCCCAAUCCUUGGAUGAGUACAACCUUAGUGAUGCAAAAGCCGGCAUUUGGAAAAACAAUCCUUGGAGUUUGGAGCUGAAAAUUCAAAUCCUUCAUAAGGUUGUGGCGAUAGUGCUUGGACAGUACAACCUAAUGGUGGUGGGUAUGAGCAUGAGAAAUGAGCUAAGAGGUAAACAUGAAAAGGUGGAAAAGUGGUACAAAUACAUGCAACAAGGAGCUAUGACCAUCAACCAAAACAGCCCUCAAUUUCUUGUUAUAAUCUCAGGCCUAACAUCUGACACUAACCUUAGGUUUCUAAAGGAAAAACCAUUACAGCUAGAUUUUAUUAAUAAAAUUGUAUUUGAGGCCCAUUGGUAUACAUUUUCUUUCCCCACUAAGUUGUGGACAGCUCAAACUAACAAAUUUUGUGCCAAGGUGACUCAAUCAUCAAGGGACAAUUUCCUUUUCCUAACAACAGGAAGCAACCCUUACCCUGUUUUUCUAAGUGAAUUUGGUUUGGACCAAAGGGGUCAAAAUGAGGGUCAAAACAGGUAUAUAACCUGCUUGCUGGCAGAGGUGGCAGAGAAAGACAUUGAUUGGGCAUUAUGGACAUUUCAAGGCAGCUACAUAUAUAGACAAGGGAAAGUUAAUCCAGAAGAAUUUUAUGGAGUUGAGAACUACAUCUGGGAUGGUCCUAGAAAUCCUGAUUUCUUGGACAGAUUGCAAGUCAUAAGACAGAAGAAUCAAGAGGUGACAUCGUGGUGGUAUCCGACCUACUACAUAAUGUUUCAUCCUCAAAGUGGGCAAUGUGUGCAAAUUAACGAGGGCAAUAAUAGGGCCUUUCUAGCCAACUGCAAAAGUGCGAGCCAGUGGGCUCAACACCAACACGGUGGCCCGAUCAUGUUGGCUGGAACACUAUGGUGCCUCAAGAUGGCAGGAGAUGGCGAGACCGCUCGUGUUUCGUAUGAUUGCUCGACCAUGUGGAAGGUUGUAUCAAGCAUUGGUCUUCCUUUAGCUACCCAAGUCAAACACGGAAAAUAUUGUGUUUGGAGAAAAUUAGUUAUAUAUAACUCCGCCCUAGUGACUAAGGAGUGCCUUUGUGUUGACAACAAUCUUGAUGAUCUUCCAACUUGUCCAGACAAUCCACAAGAGUUAAAGCUAGGUAAAAUCAAACCAAAAUCUCAUAUACAAAACAAAAGAAUGAGAGGCAUUAUUAUAACACAAGCCAUUUUUUUGGUAUCCAUUUUUCUUCACAUUAGCAAUGGCACAAUUCUAUCAACCAGCUCUAGGUGGAUUGUUAACCAGUACACCGGAGAACGAGUAAAACUCGCGUGCGUCAACUGGAUUUCUCACCUUGAGCCGAUGAUUGCCGAAGGGCUCGAAAAGAAGCCCUUACACGAGAUAGCCGGGCAGAUAGCUGCAGACGGGUUCACGUGCGUGCGGUUCACGUGGCCCACGUUCAUGUUCACCCGUCCCGAUUAUUACGGCCUCACGGUAUCCCAAUCCCUUGAUAAGUACAACCUUAGCGAUGCAAAAGCCGGUGUUUUGAAAAACAACCCUUGGAGUUUGGGGCUGAAAAUUCAAACCCUUCAUAAGGUUGUGGUAAUAGUGCUUGGACAGUACAACCUAAUGGUUAUCCUCGACAACCAUAUAAGCCGACCCGGAUGGUGUUGUAGUCUUGACGACAAAAACGGGUUUUUUGGAGAUGUGGAUUUCGACCCGGACGAGUGGUUGCAGGGCCUGGCUGAGGUGGCAAGGACUUACAAAUAUACAUAUGGGGUGGUGGGUAUGAGCAUGAGAAAUGAGAUAAGAGGUAAACAUGAAAAUGUGGAAGAGUGGUAUAAAUACAUGCAACAAGGAGCUAUGACCAUCAACCAAAACAGCCCUGAAUUUCUUGUUAUAAUCUCAGGCCUAACUUUUGACACUAAUCUUAGCUUUCUAAAGGAAAAAUCAUUACAACUAAAUUUUAGUAAUAAAACUGUAUUUGAGGCCCAUUGGUAUACAUUUAUUUUCCCCACUGAGUUGUGGACAGCCCAAACUAACAAAUUUUGUGCCAAUGUGACUCAAUCAUCAAGGGACAAUUUCCUUUUCCUGACAACAGGAAGUAACCCUUACCCACUUUUUCUAAGUGAAUUUGGUUUGGACCAAAGGGGUCAAAAUGAGGGUGAAAACAGGUAUAUUACCUGCUUGCUAGCAGAGGUGGCAGAGAAAGACAUUGAUUGGGUAUUAUGGGCAUUUCAAGGCAGUUACAUUUAUAGACAAGGGAAAGUUAAUCCAGAAGAAUUUUAUGGAGUUGAGAACUACAACUGGGAUGGUCCUAGAAAUCAGGAUUUCUUGGACAGAUUGCAAGUCAUAAGACAGAAGAAUCAAGAGCUGAGAUCGUGGUAUCCGACCUACUACAUAAUGUUCCAUCCUCAAAGUGGGCAAUGUGUGCAAAUUGACCAAGGCAAUAAUAGCGUCUUUCUAGCCAACUGCAAAAAUGCGAGCCAGUGGGCUCAACACCAAGACGGUGGCCCAAUCAAGUUGGCUCGAACAUCAUGGUGCCUCAAGAUUGCAGGAGAUGGUAAAACCGCUCGUGUUUCGUAUGAUUGCUCGAGCAAGUGGAAGGUUGUAUCGAGCAUUGGUCUUCAUUUAGCUACCCGAGUCAAACACGGAAAAUAUAUGUGUUUGGAGAAAAAUAUUUAUAACUCCGCCCUAGUGACUAAGAAGUGUCUUUGUGUUGACAACAAUCUUCAUGAUCUUUCAACUUGUCCAGACAAUCCACAAGUACAAUGGUUCAAGUUUGUACCUAGGAAUGUAGAAAAUAUGCUUUUCUCUCUCUUUUUUUUUUCUUUUUUUUUUGCUCUCUCUUGUUUG